CCGCCGCGCGCUGCCGCAUACGCGCACCAGUCGCGCAUUUGGCGAGUCAAAAUCACUCUUGUUUGAAGGAAAGCGCAUGAGAGUAAACGUUAUUUAUUGUGCUCGUAAUACUCGCGUGCUCACGAGUAGUGGCGCAUUUUUGAAGGCGCAGUGCGCGUUUCUUGGAGACAGUCCCUUGGCGACAAGAGCGGCAAUCACGUCGGCUAUUGACAGAGAAGAGCAGGAGGAGGAAGUAGUGGGCAUGGCAGAGCGACUGGCUUCCCUGCCUGUCUUGGAUCUGGGAACCUCAACGGAUCUGGACAAAUGGCUCAUCUUCAGCAACCUUGACAAGACAUUUGUGUCGAAGCUGCGUCUGGCUUGUGUAUUUGGCAGCUCAGGCAACGAGGCCUUGAUGGUCACUCAGGACGAUGAUGUCUAUGCACUCGGCUCCAACUCAAGUGGCUGCCUAGGACUUGGAGACACACAUGGGAGCCUUGAACCCCGAAAAGUGGACGCCUUGUGUCGACGGGGUCUACAUGCAAUAGCCUAUGGCAGUGGCCCACAUGUCCUGGCUGUGACAGAAAGUGGAGACCUGCUCAGCUGGGGUCACAACGGCUACUGCCAGCUGGGCAACAACUGCAACACGCAGGGUCUUGUGCCUUCCUCCAUCUCAGCGGGCUUGUCUCAUCGUGUGGCCCAGGUGGCCUGCGGUUCGCAUCACUCGCUCGCCCUCACCACCAAUGGUGAUGUGUAUGCAUGGGGCCAGAACAACUGUGGCCAGGUGGGUUCAGGCUCAACCACCAACCAGCCUACACCCCGCAAAGUGAGCUCGGGUAUUGGUGGAAGACGUUGCAUCGGUGUAGCCUGUGGCCAAACUUCUUCCAUGGCCGUCAUGGAAAAUGGUGAGGUGUUUGGCUGGGGCUACAAUGGCAAUGGACAGCUUGGCCUUGGUAACAACGUCAACCAAACCAGUCCCUGUCGUGUCACUAACUUGCAGGGUGUUGUGAUUCAAAAGGUUGUUUGUGGUUAUGCCCACACCAUGGCCCUCUCUGACGAAGGUGUGCUCUACACUUGGGGUGCCAACUCCUAUGGUCAGCUAGGCACAGGCAACAAGGCAAAUCAAGUCAGUCCUUUCAAGAUGCCCACUGACAUUGGAAGGAUCGUGGAGAUAGCAGCAUCACAUUACAACCAUAUCUCAGCUGUGAUGACUCAGACAUCCCGUGUGUACAUGUGGGGACAGUGCAGGGGCCAGUCUGUAACCGUGCCAACUGAAACGCCUUUUCACUCUAUUCAUGAUGUAUUCGCCUGCUUCGCCUGCCCCACAGUCACUUGGAAACCAAUGGUCUUGGACAUUUGCAAUCCGAACACAGUUGCCAACAGUCUCAAGAUGGCCUUCAAUGACCCGAGCACCAGUGACCUCAAAAUCUGCGUGGAAGGACGUGUGAUUCACGUUCACAAGGCUAUACUCAAGAUCAGGUGCGAGCACUUUCAGUCCAUGUUCCAAGCACCUUGGGAUGAAGAUGAAAAAGAUACGGUGGAUGUGACCACAUUCCCCUAUGUGGUGUACAAAGCCUUCCUUCAGUACCUGUACACCGAUGAGGUGGACCUGCCUCCAGAGGAUGCCAUAGGCCUUCUGGAUCUUGCCAACUCUUACUGUGAGGCACAGCUCAAGCGACACUGUGAACGCAUCAUCAUGCAUGGUGUGCUCGUUGAGAAUGUUGCCAUGCUCUAUGCAGCUGCUAUAAAGUUCGAAGCCAAGGAUCUGGAAGAGUUCUGCUUCCGGUUUGCCAUGAACCAUCUCACUGCUGUGGUGCAGACGGAUGCAUUCCACAAGCUCGAGGAGUCUGCGGUGAAGAGCUUCAUUACAAAGGCUGCUGUAUAUGGAGCAUUCAAGUACUGACAAAGAAAGUGUUGAAAAUAUAAAUGUACGUGGCAGUGUCCAAAUACCACCAAUGCUGUGCAAGCCAUAGCGCAGCAGCACUCUGAAAGCAAUAUGCACGGGUGUUUUGGGGUAUUAUGUGUCUGUGAUAUUUUUUUAGCCUUGAUGUGUUUUAUCAAACCAGUCUUUUUUAAAAAAUAAAUGCAUUUUCACUCUG